AUGAAGUAUGGAUUGAUGUCACAUCUCGGUCCGACCACAAGACCAUUUGAAAUUAUGUCAGUGGAUACAAUUGGAGGUUUCGGUGGACAAAGGUCUACGAAAAAAUAUUUACAUUUAUUAGUGGACCAUUUUACUAGAUUUGCCUUUAUAUCAACGUCAAAGACUCAAAACGCAACUGAUUUUAUUAAAUUGAUAAAGGAAGUAUUGGAAGUAGAAAGCAUUGGAAUGCUUUUGGCAGAUCAAUAUCCAGGAAUAAAUUCAAGAGAAUUCAAAGAAUAUUUGAAAGAAAAUCAAGUUAAGUUGAUUUUUACAGCCGUUAAUACUCCUUCAUCGAAUGGUUUAUAUUUGUUAGAAGGAAAAGAAAGCAGUAUAGUACCUGCAGAAUUGAGACAAGUAAAGUCUAGAGAACAAUGGAUCGAGGAUAGAAAUUUAGCGUUGAAAAGAUCAAUUGAAUCACAUGAAUAA